AUGCAAGAGCAUUGGCACAUAUUAGCACGGUGGCUCACAGAGCGUUUCGUCGCCUGGCAGGCUGUGCCGCUACCCCCGCCGAGAUCUCUGCAGCAGAAGGAGGAUGGGCUGGGCGCCUCCGUACCCGAGGACCAGGUCGGCAGCAAAAGGCGGAGAGAGCAGGAUUCCGGCAAGGGGCUGCCUCUGCGGCAAGGGGAACCUGAUCCGUCGAUGGGGCAAGGUCCCGUGAGCAAAUUUGCCAUGAAGGGUGCAAAAGGCCCAGCGCAAGAAGUUGCGGCCAUGGGCAAGUCUGCACCAAAAGGCGGCCCUCCUGCUGACCCCAGCCAUGCCAGCGCAGCUGCCAGCCGCUUUUCGACAAAGGGGCUGCCUGGCAAGCGCAGCCCUGAAGAUUUUGGUCACUUCCAGGACCAAGGCCGGACGGCGAGCAAGUGGCAGGCACCUGCAGACGUGGGCAAAGGCAAGGGGCAACAACGGCCAGAGGGUGGCAAACCCGGUGGUUGCGUUGCACGGAAGUUCGCCGGCAAAGGAGCCGAGAGGUAA